GUUAAUAAGGUUAAGACAGAUAUAUCAGGAUGAGUGCCGAAGCUAUGUCCAAACGUUCGCUCUUAGCUGCAAUUGCCGACGAAGACUCAGUCACUGGCUUAUUGUUGGCUGGAGUUGGUCAAGUUUCCACUGAACCAGGUAAGGAAACAAACUUCUUGACCGUUGUUCCAGGUAAGACCACCACUGAAGAAAUUGAAGAAGCUUUUGAGAAGUUUACUACCGAAAGGGACGACAUCGCAAUCUUGUUGAUCAACCAGCAUUUGGCUGAUUUGAUCAGAUACAGGGUUGAUAACUACACGGCUGCUUUCCCGGCAAUCUUGGAAAUUCCUUCAAAGGAUCACCCAUACGAUCCAGAAAAGGAUUCCAUUUUAAAGAAGGUUAGAAGACUUUUUGGUGAGUAAGUAAUUGACUAAGCUCAUCAUUUUCAACACAAGCAAAAUAUAAAAAAGUAACUAUCAAUUGUAUAAUCAACGUUAUCUUGGUGUACCAUACCAAUCAUUCACUUCUUUGCCGCUACUGGCCUAGUCUACAUAGAAACAAUAUACACGUAUUUAAAACUGGAGUACGUAAUAACUUUUUUUAUAUGAUCGCCUUUUGUAUUCAAUCUAAAUAUAUACU